AAAAACGACACAACAAUAGCAACGGCAGCACCAGCGGCUACACGCUGCUGAGGUGCAAAAAAUAUUCAGUUUGUUUUGCUACAUCCAUCCAUACAGACGCGAAGCACGGUGCGCUUGCGCAGAAAUCGAUCAAGAGUACAAUUUUGUGAACACAAAGUCGUAAAGUGGUUCUUACAGCGCUACGCAGUAUAACGGUAUAAAUAAUUGUUGCAUAAGCAGAAAUAGAAAAGACUAAGAUUACCUAACCGCUUAGCAUAAUAACAAUCAAUCAGUCAAUCAGUUACGCUGUUUAUAUUGUCUACACAUAAAAUAUGGCUAAACUCUUGCAUCAGUUUGUUGUGGUUCUGCUUCUCAGCCUGAGCGCCGUCUCUUUGGUGUGGGGACGUGCGACUAAAACAAAGGCGACAGCAGCACCGCCGGCAGAUAAUAGCAAACAAUUGUUUGUCUUCGGCAGCGGCAAGGAGACGAGUCCGCCAAAUUUUAUACGCCUGGUCGUCAUGCGGCUCAUUUACGGACUCGCCUCGACAAUGGGUCUAGAGGAGCGACUGGAAGAUGCCUUCAAUGGCGCUUUUGUGCCGCCCAAUGCCGAUGGUGGUGGCCUCUUUAGUUUCGGCGGUUACGAUGACGAUGAUGAUGGUGGCGACUUUGGUGCGCUCUUCGAUGAUAUCUAAAGCGGCGCCGGGCCAACAAAGUAAAGGUGCCGUGUGCCCUGUAUGCCGUGUAAUAAUUAUUACAUUCAAUUAUAAUUUAUAUAACUUUCGAAUCGACUUUCAUUGGCGUAUAUACACACAUAUUUACACUAGCGCGUGCGUGUGUGUAUGUAGGUCAAAAUGUGUACGAAAAGAAAGAUAGAGUGACCAAAAAUAUAAAAUUAAAUUAUUUUAAUUUAAUUUAAAUUAUUUAUUUUAUGUAAGUGUAGUUGUUAAAUGAAUAGUCUUUAAGUAAACAAAAUGUUGGACAUUUUUUUCGCACACUAGUGUGAAAAAAUUCUAAUUAUGUCAUUUGAUAAAAACGGAAACGCUGAAAAAGUGUUACGAAAGUGGCAAAAAAACCAAUAAAAAUACAUACAAACAUAUUAUUGAACCAAACGUGUUAUUCAUUCUGCAAAGUCAAAUAUUGAAAAACU